AUGGUGGACUUGAUUUCUUUUGCUGGGCGGCUCUUCACCCGCGACGACGGGAAUUGCGGCCCCUCGCCGUGCGAGAAGCCUGUGCCCACCACCCGCAUCAUUCUCAUCGUUUCCCUUACCCUCGGAGGCGCUGUUGUCCUCGGCACGCUCUUUGUACUUUUCCUUUUUCAUCGACGUCGCCAACGGCGGGAUAAGAGGGAAGACGCCAUCGCAGACCUCGAUCUCGGCGACGAUAUUAUCGAAGAUUACCCACCCGUCCAGAAGCCACGGCCCAGCCGGCAGAGGGAACAGCAAGAAGAACAACAGCGACGCCAACAACAAUACGAGUAUGGCUCUGAGACUCCGAACCCGUUCGGGGAGUCGUCGCGCUGGGAGAAUACACCAAACCAUGGCAAGAGUCCUGUGAUGCCCGGCCAGGGCAGGAGUCCUCUCCUGCCAAGUCACAGUGACGAGUGGUCGGGUGCCGGCAGCAGUAACAAACCUGGGGGCGACCCCUAG